AUGUCUGUUGAUAAUUUCAAAACAAACAUCUAUGAAUAUCUGGAAACCCUACCAACAUUCACUUUUAUGCGUUUGUUUGAAAAGCCAGCGACCUGUCUAGCGAUUUUUAGGUUGCUGCCAAGCUUAGGCAGACAGAUAGUUAUGUCUUUGUUGUAUGUUGAGAUGCCCAUGCCGAUAAAUGAUCUUAAUGCUUGGGUGAAUAAGGAUGGACAAAAAAAAUUGGUUGAAUCCUUGCAAAAACUUUCAAGGCUUCGAAUUCUCGAGCAAAAAGAACAAUUGUUGGUGAUGAAUGAUACUUUCAGGCGUGAAUUCCAAAAUGCGCUGACUGGAGGUGGUAUGCAACAAUCAUUUGGAUUACCUUGUUCGGCACCAGAUAAACACGCGGUAGAUAUUGGUUAUUUGGAUCAUUAUGCGACUACACAAUGGGAAGCCAUUCUUCAUUACAUGGUUGGUACUUCACUCACGAAAAAGCCUAGCCGAGGUGUAUUAAAUCUUUUGGAAAGAAGUAAACUUAUGCAAAGCAGUAGCGAGUCAGGACAAUUACAGAUCACAAAUAAGGGGUUUCAAUUUCUCCUUCAAGAUGUCAACACACAAGUAUGGGCAUUUUUAUUACAAUAUUUGGAUAUGGCUGAAGUUUUGCAAAUGGAUCUUGUAGAAGUUUUGAAUUUUCUUUUCCAGCUUGGAUCAUUGGAAUUGGGAGAGAAUUAUUCCGUCGAAACAUUAACACAAACCCAACUUCAAAUGUUAGAAGAUUUACGUGAUUACGGCAUCGUAUACCAAAGAAAGAAAGUAUCCAAGAGAUACUACCCCACUAGAUUAGCCACCACAUUGACCUCAGGAAAUGCAGCACUUGCAGGCGUUGUUCUCAAACAUGGCAAUGCUGCAGAAGAGCCUCGUAAAGAAGUGGCCGUUACCGAUGUAGGACAAGUAGAUCAGGGAUUUGUUAUUUUAGAAACCAAUUACAAACUUUAUGCAUAUACGGAUUCACCACUUCAAAUUGCAGUAUUAAAUCUAUUUGUGCAACUUCAAUCACGAUUUAGAAAUAUGGUAACGGGUGUCAUUACAAGAGAUAGUAUCCGAAAUGCUUUAAUAAAGGGAAUUACGGCUGAACAGAUUAUUUAUUAUAUGCAAUCACAUGCCCAUUCCCAGAUGCGAAAAAAGAUACCUAUUCUACCCUUGACUGUCGUAGAUCAAAUCAGAUUAUGGGAAAUGGAAAGAAAUCGUUUAAAACCAACUGCAUCUUAUCUAUAUCACGAGUUCAAUGUGCAAGCAGACUUUGACGCUGCUGAAAAAUAUGCAAAAGAUUUGGGUGUUUGUUUGUGGUCUAGUUCAACCAAACGUACUAUGGUCAUCUCCGAAGCCGGUCAUGAUAAUGUGAAAGGAUUUGUCAAGCGAAGACUACUUAGAAACUAA